AUGGCUCCUGCUGCUGCCCACGCUGCCGAGGGCAUUGUGUCGUCUAUUGAUGUGAAAUCUAUGCCCCCGUUCUGGCGACGAAAGAACGGCAUUCUGCUAUACUUUCUUUUGACUUCGUCGCUUUUGGCAAGUGCUGCACUCGGAAUUGAUGGAUCCAUGACCAACGGUAUGCAGGCCUUGGAAUCUUGGCAAGAUCGAUUUGGACACCCCGAAGGCGCUACAUUGGGAUUUUUUGGCGCUUCCAAUGCAAUCGGAGGCAUGAUUCCGUUUAUCUUCCUCAGUUGGAUCGGCGAUAGAUUUGGCCGUCGGUUGCCCACUGCCUUAGGCUCGAUCAUUAUCAUCACCGGUGUCAUCAUCGAGUUCUUCGCUACUUCCCUGAACAUGUACAUUGGUGGGAAGAUCAUUUUGGGGGCAGGAUCUUCACUCAUUCAAAUGGGUGCUCCAGUCUUGAUCACAGAGCUGUCGCAUCCGAAAGAGCGUGUGAAGGUUACUACCUUCUACAAUACUUCCAUCGCCCUGGGAUAUGUCAUCGGCGCUUGGGCAACAUUUGGCUGCUACAGAAUCACCAGUCAAUGGUCCUGGCGAUUGCCUACAUUGGUUCAAAUCAUUCCCUCGGCCUACCAAUUCUGUCUGAUCUGGUUCUGUCCCGAGUCCCCCCGUUGGCUGAUUGCCAAAGGGCGUCACCAGGAAGCCCGGCUGAUUCUGAUCAAAUACCACGGCGAAUGCGAUCCCAACUCCGAGUUGGUACGAGUGGAGUGCGCUGAGAUCCAAGAGGCCAUUGACAAGGAAGCCGAGAAUAACCUGACAUGGAAAGACUUCGUGUCUUCUCGGGCCAAUCUCAAGCGUCUCUUUCUCUGCUUUGCCACGGCCGUCUUCAGUCAGAGCUCUGGCAACCUCUUGGUUUCGAAUUAUUUGACCCAGAUCCUGAAGGACACUGGACUGAAGACGCAAUAUGAGAUCACACUUGUGAACGGAAUGGUCACCCUUUGGCAGUAUAUUGUUGCAAUUGCCGUUGCGGUGGUAAUUGACAAGUUCCGUCGACGUUUCUUUUUCCUCACUGGAUCCGGUGGGGUUGUUGUUGUGUUCGUCGUGUGGACCAUCGCAGCCCAACAAUACCUUGAGCACAACUCACUAGCCGCUGGCCGGGUUGUUAUUGCGUGCAUAUUUGUAUUCCAAGCAUUUUACACCUUUGCUUGGACAAACCUGAUCGUGACCUACACCCUGGAGAUCGUGACACUUCAGAUGCGUGCCAAAGCAUGGGCAUUUGUUCUCCUGACCAUCCAGGUGGCGUCUGUCUUCGGAAGCUAUGUCAAUCCUAUAGGGUUGAAGGCUCUGGGGUGGAAGUUUUACAUAUAUUACUGUGUUUGGGUGCUCAUCGUCUACCUUACUGUCUACUUCUUCUUUGUGGAGACUGCCGGCCCUACUCUCGAAGAAUUGACGUAUCUCUUCGAAGGAGAGGACACAAAACGAAAGUUAGGCGACAAGGUCGCCGAGAAGAAAGAACAAAUUCAGUACGAAGAACAUGUGGAGAAUAAGUUACCAUGA